GUUUUCUCCAAAGAAUUAGGUGUUUAAGUUUUCUGCUUAGAAGCUUAAAUAUAAAGCGUUUGGAUUUGCACUGAUGGAAUUAAAAUAGGUUCCAUGAUUCAAUUGCUUUGAACCAUAUAAAGUAGAAAGAAUUUUAUAGCGGAGGAAAAAGCACGAAAAUUCAAAAUAUCUUGUAUUUAUGGAAAUGAACUGUAUUUUCGUCAUACCAGUGCUUAGGAUUGAUGGAUUAGACGGAAAAUGUGCAAUCAUAACAUUAUUUUAACAUAAAUAAAUUUUAUCUGUAUCAAUCUCAUAACUGAAAUUAAUGUUAUCCGAUACGUAUCAUCUGGCCAAAACUGGACCUAAUUCUAUUAACUAUUAAGGAACUUUUCGACUGAUCUACUAUACAGCACAAAGCAUAAAAUCAAAGCUACGAUCUGAUACCACUUAGUAACAUUUCAAGCCCCAACCGUAUAUGGUUCAUUAUUGAGAAUUAUGUAGAAAGUUGAUCCCCAGAUUUUUACAUUCUUAAUAGAUAACAUAACAGUCUAGUGCAAACUUCAACAGGAGCUUUAAAUUUAGUCAUAUCCAUCUGUAAUGUGGGGCACGCACUUAAUUACCUUGCGCCAUUUAACUACAAGAACCUGCGGCCGGCGCUAGUCCGGCCAUUGACGUUCAGGCGACGGUGGUGCGAGGGCCGUGCUACGUGCUCAGUGACAGCGGAUGUGUUAGUCAGAUUUUGCUGCUUUGACUUCAGAUAUUUUAGAAUGAGGCCAUAUAUGAAGAAGGCCUCGAUAUUUGGACUUUAAUCUUGUCGCGUGAAGACGAGCAGCGAGUGAAGAAGAUGCGGGUAUUGGUCCUGGCGAGCGUGUUGGCUGCGAGCGCUGCUCAUCCAGGAGCAUGGAAGCCACCAACGCGGUACUCUCACUACAACAGGUCCCCAUACUUUGGAGCAGCAGCAGGAGCUUGGCAAUCCCCCGCCGGGUACUCUGAAUACAACCCAGCGCCUUAUUUUGGAGGAGCAGGAGGAGCUUGGCAAUCCCCCGCCGGAUACUCUGAAUACAACCUCGCGCCUUACUUUGGCAACGCAGGAACUUGGCAGCCAUACAAAGAGAAUUUUGAGUUCGACCGAUCGCCUUUGUUUGAAAGAGAGUUUGAUCCCUUCGCGGCGGAGUUCCCCUCCUGCCGAGGCUCCCGCCAGUCCCCCAUUAACUUAGACCCGUCCUCCUCUCCCGCGAGGGAGUUUGAGCCUUUCUUCUUCCUUCGAUAUCAACAAAUUCCUGACGCCGAAAGCAUCACGAACACUGGACAUUCAGUGGAAGUAAAACUCAUCAGUAGAAACCUGCCGGAAGUGUCAGGAGGCAACUUGGGUGCGACUUACAAGUUUGACCAAUACCACCUCCACUGGGGAGCGGAAGACUCCAGGGGCUCGGAGCACACCAUUGACAAUUUCAGGUUCCCCAUGGAGCUUCACUUGGUGCACCACAAUACAAAGUACGCCAGCUUUAAUGCUUCCUUGGAACACCGCGACGGCGUGGCGGUGCUGGGUGUGCUGUUCGUCAUCUCUGAAUUGGACAACCCGUUGCUGCAACCUCUGAUCGAUCACCUCAUGUCCAUCACUGAAGCUGGGCAAGAGGACAUUGCAGUCGAUCUUUACCCACUGGCGUCGUUAUUGCCUCGGGAUCUGUCCCGCUUCUACCGCUACCACGGAUCCCUCACGACUCCCAUGUGCAAUGAAGUCGUCACGUGGACCAUCUUCGACGAUUAUGUUCCGGUGUCCGAUGCACAGAUGGCGAGACUAAGAAGCCUGAUGGACACCGAGGGUGACCCUCUCCUUAACAACUUUAGGCCCAACCAGCUUCUCAACGGCAGGACGGUGUACCGCUCCUUCUUGUAUUGAGUCACUCAACCGCGCUACUCGUCAUAGUGGAAGUAGAACGAUUUCCUCCACUCAAUUACACUCCACGAAUUGUAUAUUAUCCAUUUUUAAUGAAAUAAUUGAAUACAAUUUUUUUUACCCGUCUUGAGUUCAUUUUUAUUUUUAAUGAUGACAGGAGAAAUCACAAAAAAAGUUCAAGCGUUGAACAGUUCAUAUUAUUGUUAAGGUUUGAGGUAAGACUUUUUUUAUCAUUGCCGGAUUUUAAAUAGAAACUAAUAAUUUAUAUUAUAUGAACUAGCAUGUUCGCAAUUAAUGAUUUAUCCGUAAUGUAUAAUAUAAUUUGAUUUUGAAGGCAUCCAAUUCAUGGCCCUUUCAACACUUCAACAAAUUAUUUCAACAAAUAUUAUGAUCUUAGAAGUAUUUUCAUUAUAAGAAUACGUAAGCAAGAUUUAGCUGAUUGGCUUAUGGUGAAAAGAAAGCAAAUAAAGAAGGCCUGAAAUUCCAAUAUUCCUCUCAGAAUCAUUUCCGUGUUGUGUUUAUGAUUAUGAAUGGGGUUGAUUAGGAUCGAAUUAAAAUGACUUGCCUGUUAAAACAAGUGAGAAAGUCUAUUCAUGAGCGGUAUCUAUUAAGGUGAAUUUCAUGGUCAAAAAGUAGUCUUGUCAAGUUAUUAAAUUUUCAUUUUACUACGGAUUGAGUUGCACGAGCAUACGCCUUGAUUUACUCGGGAAGUCAACCCGAGCUGAAGUUUAAUGAGACAAAUCGCCUUCCUCUUGGCUGCGAAAAUUGUCAUUUAGAAUUUGUCUGACGUCGAUAUCAUCGCUGUUAAUUUUAUAUGAUCAGGAAAAUACCGUGAGCAAGCAAAUUUAUAGACUUCAAAUAUUUGCAUUGUUUCUUGUUAUCACAAAACAUGUUAUCGAUUUGAAAAUUAUAGAAUUUAAAGUUUGUCAGAUCAUACUCUCUUAUUAUGACGUAGGUUAUCACAUAUAAGAGGGUAAUUUCGUCCCUGUUUGCUAAAUUUAACAUUUAAUAAGUUUGGCCAAAUUUAAUGCUGUCAAUGAAUUUUCAAAAAUUCAAUGCAAUUUAUUUUAUGUCUUGUCAGCAAAUUAUUUCACUGCGCGCAAAUGGUGAACAUAAUAUCAAGCUCAGAUUUCAUCCUACGAGAAGCCAUGUACGUUACGAGUGAACUGAAGUCAUUUAAAUCCUUCUUUUGCAAAAUAAGAAAUACGAUGAGAUAAAUAAUACCAGAAAUGUAAGUGACUUUCCUAAAAUAAAUGAUAGAUUAUAGGUAGGAUUGCGAAAGAAUGAUUCAAGGAAUUAUUACUCUUGGCAUAAAGUUUAUUUAUUGUUUCUCGUAAGUUUCUGAUUUUUAAAUUAUACAAUAUCAUAUACCAAUAAUACAAAGUGAUUUCAUUACA